UAAUUUGUAUUGUCUAUGGUUCGAAGGACGCCGUAAGCUCGUGCCUGAAGCGUUCCCAUAAAAUUAUAAUUAAAAAUGUGAAUAUUUUUAUAUUUACAUGAAAAAAUAUAUUGAAUUAAAGUUGUGAUAUUAGUUUUAGUAAGUAAGAAUUAAAUUCUUCAUUCAAGAUGAUGGAACACGUGCGAAUAUUUGAUUGGUGCUCAUCAGCCCAGGAUAGGUACUUUGUAGAGGAGGCAGACCUAGAUAAUUGCAAUACUGAGAAAAUUCUCAGGAACAAGUUCAUUGACCCUUUGGUAUCUAGCGACUCAGAAGAUGAGGCUCCAAAUAAAAUUGACUGGGAUGAAGUAUUUAGAGACAAAAAAACUCACAAUGGCAGAAUGCAUGUGCCAUGUCUCCGUGCGGUACCUCAGUACCCAAAGUUAUCAAAAUUGGCUUCUAACAAACACCAUCAAAUGUUAAAGGUUUUAUGUACUGAGAAUCCUCAUGUUUUAGGAGAUUGUUUCAUAGGCAAGGCUUCUAGACAGGAUUUUAAAGCAUUUGAGACUGAAAAAGAGACAUAUUUAGCUGAACAAAAAGAGUAUAAAGACUGGGCGAAGACAAUCUGGACGACUAAUCACUUUAUUCGUGCUUUACGACCGAAACCUUUGGUGGAAGCUGUGUAUGAGGCAGAAUUCAAAAUGAAAGCAUUACGAAUGCGAGGUCUUCCAAAGCAAUAUGAUUUGGCUGCUCAGAUAGCUCUUGAAAGUCCAAGGAGUAACUGUGAUGUUAUACUUAAACAGGAAUUGAUUGGUGUGGCCCCAUCAGAAGUACCUCUGAUUCAAAUACCAAAGGAAAUAACAAAGGCAAUCAAUAUCAUUACCCCUUGCACUGUGCCAGAGCCUUGCCAGAAACAUCCUUACCAAAUCAUAUUACCUCAUGAAAACACAAUAUCAAUGUUGCCAACAACAGAGGUUCACAAAGAGCUGGCAACAUUUGCUUGGACCAAUGGGACACAGUACAUAGCAAGUGAGAAUGCCUUGAAGUGUUUGGUGCAAUGGAACCGAUAUUGGACGAUCCCACUGUCUGUGUGUGAGAGUAUUAGUCCUGAUGGUGAAAAAGCGAAUGUAGUAGUAUUGGACAGCGAGUUCUCGAUAAAUAAAGAGGUUGCACCUAUCAGGACCUACAAAGCAUUCAGGCAUUUAUUGGAAUCCACACUUAUACCGUUGGCAGAAAAGGAGAAGGUACGAAAGAAUUAUACUAAUAAAGAAAAGCCAAAAGAAGUAGGUUCCAAAUUCCAUGUGAAUGCUAAAUCUAUAUUUGAAAGCAGUGAUUUAACAAGUGAUGAGGAGGAAGAAAACUUAGUUAUUGAUACAGGAGAGGACACAGACUUUGGUUCACCAAAACCAAAAUCAAGUAAGAGAUUGAAGACUGAGGAAAGUGUGAGGAGGUCGGCUCGACUUAUGAGUAAUGAGAGCAUUGGGUAUAACACCAGGGCUGCCAGUAGGAGGGUCAGUGAGGAGUGCCAGGACAUUGGAGUCUACAGCUGCACAUGUAAAGAUACUAUAUACGAAAAGCCUCCACGUCGUUCUUACAAAAAGUGGCAGUUUAGAAACAAACUAGAUAAUGAAAAGCUAGACAUUAUCGUACAUUGUCCACACAAGGCUAGGGAUGGCUCAAGGGAACUAAUAUUCGAACCAUCACCUGAAUACCAGUUGGAUUUAGGAGCCAGUGAACAGUCUAUGGACAGCUUACGAAGUAUCGCCCUCUCACUCGCACUCAGAAAAAAUGCUGCUGUAGUAAAUGUUCGCGUCGAUGGGUCGGGAGGCGACGUAGCGACGAUCGAUGUGCUGCCUGCGGAAAAGUUCACGAAGAAACACCCUGACAUGACGCGACAAGUCAUCACCGCCGUGCAUACUGCACUCAGCCAGUUACAAGGUUUACUGCCUGGGCACUAUGUACUGUUACAUGAGCCAAGUCAUGGAGCAAAUAGCAUGCUCCUAUCGUCCCGGUCGGGGCGUGGCGCGCGCCUACUGCUGCAGUUCGACAGUUCACAGCUGGCCGAGGCGGACGAAGCACAAAUGGUGCGGAACCCACCAGUAAUCAGCGAUGCACUGUUACCGUACCACAAAUUCCGUAAAAUCCUACCCUGCGCCUUCACGCCUCACGAGAAUCAAUUAGCCAAAGAGGUGAAAAAACCGGCGACUAAGAAGAAAGCACCGCCACAAGCGCUCAAGUUGCAAGCGGAGCAGCCGGAUAGCGAGGCCAGUCCAAAGGUACCAUUGGGGUUAUCCAACGAAUUUGUCUUUGUUCCCGACGUAAAGUAUCACACUUGAGUUCAAUGGCUUACAGAGAUUAGACUGGUAGUUCCACUGGGAGCGGUAGUGUAAAUACAAAUGUAAAUAGUAUGCAAUUACUAUUUACAUUUUAACAGCAUUUAGUUAUACAUGCUUUUAUGUUUUGCUUUAUAUACUAUGUUAUGUAUAUAAGAAAAUUUAUUUUUUGUGCAAACUGCUUGUAUAAUACAUUGCCAAAUUGAUUCCAUUUUUUGACAUCUAUUUUGUUUUUAAUAUGUAUAUUUUAUAAGUGCUUUGCCUUCGAAUAUAUUUGCAAAAGACAAAAUAUCGAACUGCAUGCCUGGAAUUAUACAUUAUGUUUAUUAUUUAUGCGUUUGAUUUAAACCUUAGUAGAACUAUCGAACUAAUCUCUGGAUAAUGUCGGUUUGCUGAUUCGGAUGGAGCACAAUUUACUCGAAUACCAACCAGCGCAAUCAACGGAGCAGGGCUUUAAGGACGCGUAAGAUAAAAGAAACAGUUUUUCAUUAAUUUUGAUCGAUGAUUCAGUUAUAACUUUCUAUGCAUAAUUAUUUUAACACAAUUAGACCUCAUAAAACUAACGCGAUCCCUCCGUUGAUUGAUCUUACAAUUUAAAUCAUAAACAACAAGUAUUGGCUCAUCAAAUUGACCAAAUUGUGGGGCCAAAUGUUGCCUGCUUUUUGCGGUGGGCAAUCAUUUUGUAAUCUUCAGGCUUUAAAAGUAGGUUCUCCAGUGGCGGAUCGACUGGAUAAAUAAAGGCUAUGCUACAAAAGCCGGCCUAUAUGGACUCAAUGACUCAUGAGAUCCCCUCCACGGAAAUACCAGAGUGUAGUGUUAAAUAAAACCAGAGCAAAUGUAUCGCGGCUGCUUUUAUAACCUCUCAUCUUUUAGAUCUAAGAAUAAUCUAAACUAACCCUAAGCUUAUAUUGAGCUUCGCUCAAACAAAUUCCAGUUUUGUUGUUAGUCACAACAACCACUAUAUCCUAACACUGGGAUGGGGCAGUAUCAGCACAAUUUCAUGCAGUUUGCAGUUUGCAUUUCAUAUAAAAACAAUUUAAAAAAAAUAAAUCUGUUUGCUAUAUUUGAACAGAAAUCCAGUUAUGGGCUAAUUUCAAAAUAAAAAUGUAUCAUUUUAUUCAUAAUAGAGAGGACUAUAUCCGCCACUGAGAUUUCCCUUACAUUAUGCUAGAUACAAAGUUAGGAAGAAGCAGCCGACUGAUACUAAACUUAUAAAUAAAAGUAAUUAUAAACAUUAGUUUUUAGUAUAAAAGAUCAAACCUUGGCUUGUUUAGACUUCAGUUAUACAUUGCAAUAAUAUUUUAAUAGAAAAAUAUGACAAAGCAAAUAAUUCAAAUUUUCAGCUUUAUU